AUGGCACAUAAAAGCAGACAAAGUCAUACAAAGGCAUCAGGAUCGGCCGCAAUACCAUUAACUGCGGAAAUACCUGAUCCACAAUCGGAUGCCCUGUCGGAUACAUCGGAUGUAGAAGAGUUUUUGAAUCCAGAUCUUAAGAAAAGAAGAACAUCUUCGGUUUCAUCACUGUCAUCCAUGUUUUCGCUUCAUCAAGAGCCACUCCCACCUCCAGACCAAAAGGAGAUCUUGGCUUUCACAUCUGAUGAAAGGCACCUUUCGUUUGUGCGGAAUUUGCACAUGGCAGACUGCAUUACGAUGCUUAAUGGGUUCUCCGGUUUCUAUGCAAUUAUCUCGUGUCUUCGGUUCGAACUUAAUCAUGAUGAGUCGUACAUCAAAAGGGCAGUGUUCUUCUCAUUUAUGGGUGGUUUCUUCGACUUUUUCGACGGAAAAGUCGCCAGAUUGAGACACAAAGCCUCGCUUAUUGGCCAAGAAUUGGAUUCUUUGGCAGACCUCAUCUCGUUUGGUGUUUCCCCAACAUGCAUUGCUUUCUGUAUGGGUCUACAAAGUACUGCAGAUGUUCUUUCCAUGGCAUUUUGCGUUUUGUGUGGCCUGGGAAGACUAGCACGUUUCAAUGUUACAGUUGUAAACAUUCCUAAGGAUCAAACCGGAAAAUCAAAGUACUUCGAAGGUUUCCCAAUUCCAACAACCUUGUUCAUGGUGCUCAUAAUGUUGAUUUUGGUGUUUUCCGGUCAUUACGGUGAAAAUAUUCCCGGUGGCUUGCUCUUUAGUGGUGCCUCUUACGAAUGGCAUCCUAUUUCUGCGUUUUUCCUUUUCCAAGGCUGUAUGAUGAUCAGCAAGAGCAUCCAUAUUCCUAAGCCUUGA